CAGACAAAAACCCCUAAAAAACCUACCUACCCUACCUAGUUAUUUUGGAGAUGUAACCCUAAACAAACAUAAUUUUUAUGUGGCCUAAAGCAUUGGUGGAAAGUUGGAAACCAUGGACUUAUUGCAUUAGGAGGGUAUUGCUUAGUGAAAGCACUACUUUACCAAGUGAUUGAAUUUGAUACAAAUUGACUUAUACAAAUGUUUCAGAUUUGUUGCAAAAAGCGCUAAGGAAGGCAAAGGAGGCAGAGGAUGAGUCUGACAUUCUUACUGAUAUAUGCACAGAUAGUACUCCAACCACUUCAACACCAAAAAAGGGGAAUAAAAGGAAGCAUAGGCCAAACCCACGAUUCAUGGAUUCAGAAUCAGAGAAAGAGAGUGAAGGGGAUUACCAAACUCCGCCAAAAAAAAUUCCUGAAGCUCGAAAAGUUACACCACAAUUUCGGGCUUCAUUAAGGCCACAACCUAAAUUGUCUCUAAGUUCACAACCUCAAAAGUCUACAAGUCCUCACCCUCAUGAGUCUUCAAGGCCACAACCUCAGGCUACACCAAGACUGCAACCUCAUGAGUCUUCAAGGCCGCAAACUCCGGUGUGUACAACGACACAACCUCAGGAGUCACGAAAGCCUCAUCAGGUGUCACUAGGGCCACAACCUCAGGCGUCACGAAAGCCUCAUCAGGUGUCACUAGGGCCACAACCUCAGGCGUCUCCAAAAUCAUCAUCAUCGACAUCUAGCUCAGACCAAGCUCAGAAUAUUCUCUCGGGUAGAAAUUUUUUGUUCUUUAAUCAGUAAAAGUUGCUAAACUCCGACGCUAUGAUUUUUAAUUUAUUUUGAAAACAUGCUUUUAAAUUAAAUAUAAAUGUAUAUCACAUUUUCUUUAUUUAAAAGUAUUUACAGUCAGGACUCGAUACAACACUGUUAAUGUAUUAUUGCAUUAGAGAACAAUAAAUGUAU